CUCUAAAGGGACUCCAUUGUCUCUCUGUAUGAGUCGUCCGGAUGACACCAGCAGAAGAGCUGCACUGCCAGUGCCUGGAAUAAAUAAGGCUUUCCUAUCCAUCCCUCUGUCCACCCCCUCCCUCCCACUCUCUCCUCUCUUAGGGCUGUAAAUAAGCUGGGGCUGUGUGGACCCCUGAGAAGCCCUACCCCUCCCACUCCUCCCCUCCACUGCUACCUCCCUCUAUCUCCCCCUGCCCCCUCAGACAGUGCUGCAGCUCUUUAUGCUGCUGAGAGGCGCCACAGAGAUGCUCAGAUGAUCCAUUGGGCCAUCAAAAACUGUAUCAUUCACCAAGGCCCAGGACAGUGAAGACUAACUAGUGGGAGUGUGAGAGAGCCCCUGGAGGGUGCUGCAAGGACGCUGCAAGGCCCACCUGCCCGCCGAGCCUGGCAGAAAGCUUGGCUUGUCCCUGGACUACAGCAACCCCUGAGAUGCCCUCCCCUCCCAAUGAUGGAGAGGAUCAAGGAGCGUCCCCCGUGAAUGUGCCAUCUGUGGGUUCAUACCACAGCAGUGGGAAGAGGAAGGUGCACACUAAGAAGAAGAAAGGAAUCAUCACCGCCAAUGUUGCUGGCACCAAAUAUGAGAUUGUUCGGAUAGUCAUUAACGAGAUGGACUUCAUCAAGACGCGAGAUGAGGACGAGACUGCCAACCUCAUCUGGAAUGACUCGGCUGUGCAACACGAGAAAAUCGCUGAGCUCAGGAAUUAUCAGAGAAUUAACCAUUUCCCUGGCAUGGGCGAAAUCUGCCGCAAAGACUGCCUUGCAAGAAACAUGUCCAAAAUGAUCAAGUGCCAGCCUCUAGAGUACAGCUUCAUACCCAAAACCUGGAUCUUCCCUGCUGAGUACACUCAGUUUCAGAACUAUGUCAAGGAGCUACGCAGGAAACGCAAGCAGAAGACCUUUAUCGUCAAACCUGCCAAUGGAGCCAUGGGUCACGGGAUCUCGCUUAUCCGUAACUGUGAGAAGCUGCCAGCCCAGGAGCACUUUAUCGUUCAGGAAUAUCUGGACAAGCCCUUCUUGAUGGAGGGCUACAAGUUUGAUCUGCGCAUCUACAUCCUUGUCACUUCCUGCGACCCUCUUCGCAUUUUCCUCUACAACGACGGCCUUGUUCGCAUGGGCACGGAGAAGUACCAUGCACCCAGCGAGGCUAACCUGAGUCAGCUCUACAUGCAUCUGACCAACUACUCCGUCAACAAACACAACGAGAACUUUGAGCGAGACGAGACGGUUGACAAAGGCAGCAAGAGGUCCAUCAGCUGGUUCACAGAGUUCCUCCGCACCAAUGACUUCGAUGUGUCCAAGUUUUGGGGCGAUGUAUCUGAGCUGGUUGUGAAGACGUUAAUAGUGGCAGAGCCCCACGUGCUGCACGCUUACCGCAUGUGUCGCCCUGGUCAGCCACCAGGGAGCGACAGCGUCUGCUUUGAGGUUCUUGGCUUUGACAUCAUCCUGGACCGCAAACUCAAACCCUGGCUACUGGAGAUCAAUCGAGCUCCGAGUUUUGGGACUGAUCAGAAGAUUGAUUACGACGUGAAGAAAGGAGUUCUUCUUAAUGCUCUCAAGCUCCUAAACAUUCGAGCCAGUGAUAAGAAACGCAACCUGGCCCAGCAAAAGGCCGAGGCUCAGAGACGGCUCUACGGACAUGGUUCCAUGAAGAAACUCUCAGCAGCUUCCUCUGACUGGGAGAAACAACGUCACACGCUGGAACGAAGGAGAGAGGAGUUGAAAGAGCGACUGGCACAGGUCCGAAAGCAGAUCUCAAGGGAGGAGCAUGAAAAACAGCAUCUGGGGAACUACAGACGUAUUUACCCCCCAGACGACAAGCUGCUGUUGGAGAAGUAUGAAAGCCUGCUCUCGGCCGCCUUUCAGACCUUCCUCGCCGGGCGAGCUGCAUCACUUCAAAAGGAAAUGAAUAAUCCUCUGAAACGAAUGAAGGAGGAGGACAUCUUGGAUCUGCUGGAGCAAUGUGAGCUAGAUGAUGAGAAGCUGAUGGGAAAAUCCUCCAGGCAACGAGGCCCUAAGCCCUUGACCGCCAUGCCAGAAUGCAGUCAGACACCCAGACGUCAAAGACCAGACUACCUGGCUGACUUCACAAGUGACAGCAGCGCCGAUAACUUCUGCUCCUCCUCAGAUGACGAAGAGGAGGAGAGAAGGAAAGCAGGAGGAGGAGGAGGAAGAAGGGGAGAGAAGAGGGAGAAGAAAGUUUCCUACGACCUUGGGGAUAGCAAGGAGAAGAACUUGGCUGAGCGCUCAGGCCGCAUGCACUGGAAACCUCCAAUCAAGUCACUCAAAGGCAGCCACGCCCCUUCUGCAUCCCCGACACUCUCUGGUCCAAUCAGGCGUUCCAUUUCCUGCCCUCGCUCCAUAGCUUCACUGUCGUCACCUAAUGAGUUGAGGACUUUGUCCACCAGACCUUCUCCUACAGUUCCCAUGGCCACUCCCAUGAUCAGGCCGAGCUCUGCCACGCUGCGCUCUCAUUCGUUAAGUCGCAGUGGCUCUGCCCACCGCGUGCCUCACAGCAACAGCCUGGGGACCAUCCACUCCAACAUAGGUGACCCCCUGAUAAACCUUAGAAGUAAAGAGCAGGAGGCUGAGCUGGUGCGUCAAACUCUUGCAGCGCUCACCGCCAUGAGGAUCAGGUUUCCGGGUAAAACAGAAGAAGAGGCUGAGACUGUGCUGGAUGAGAUUCUCGAUAACUGGAAGUACCAUAAAUCAAAGGUGGCCUCCUAUUGGCUAGUGAAGCUGGACUCCACAAAACAACGAAAGGUGUUGGACAUUGUACGUACCAAUGUGCGCUCAGCUCUCCAGCGGAUCUGGAGGGAGCCAGAUGUAGAAAGUCUCCACCUUUACCGGCUCUUCAACCGCGUCUUCAACCGGCUGCUCUGGAGUCAUGGACAGGGACUGUGGAACUGCUUCUCCAACACUGGUUCAUCAUGGGAGACCAUCUUCAGUAAAAGCAGUGAGGUAGUCACACCCCAGGAGCUGCAGUGUUGCCGCCGGCUGGUCCAGCUGUCCAGAGACUGCUUGUUGGUAGUCUACAAGUUUGUCUCAGAGUCUCGUGGCUCACUGACCGGACUCAGCCCCGAAUGGGACGACACCAGGUAUCUGCUGCCAGUGACCUCCCAGUUCAUUGUGAAGUGGCCUUCGUCCAGCUUUGGCCGCAUCUCCUCAGCCGUGCCACGCUCGCGCAGCCUUUUCGCCGCUAGGAUGGGCCACUUCUGAGGUCACCGUGGCAACCCUGGCUAUGGGCACCUCGCCUUUUGACCUCGACCCAUCUCCCUUGGUCUCUCACCCAGCCAAACUCCGAUCGCAGCAAGUCCAGUAUGGAUAUGGAAUUUGGGGCAGCUCUGGACACCGGAUGCAACCUCAGCCUCAGCCAAAACCCCCUAAAAGACUAACAAAGACAGGCCUGGUGGAUUUGGGACUGCCAAAAGGCCGUGUUCAAUGUAGAUUAGGUUGGACCUUCCCAGACCAGCAGACCACCAGUAUCCUCAACCCCCACCUUAACCCGUUAACAUGAGACAAUGGGUCAUUUCUCCUUGUAACUGCUGUAUUAUACCUACUCACUGUACAGUUACAGGUCAAGGUACUGUA